UCAGAAGCUCGCCGCGCCGCUGUUUGGUGGAUGAUCGAUGUUAUAUUUGCAUAAAAUCAAUUAACGGCCUAGACUGACGCGUUUUCUGGGAUGAACUCUUGCGAGAGAAGGACUGGCUGAAUCUUCGCCAAAGUAAACCGGACGACAAUCAGAUGUCAGCGGAGUAAGCAAAGCAGAACGGAGCAUGUCUCGAGCUAUCCACAGAGAACCAAAUGGCUGACGAGAACAUCGAACAAAUUCAUCAGUUCCUUCUGGAUCAUAAAUUUGAAAGCACAGCUGAAACUUUGAUCCAAGAGGCGUCAAAAAUGGGUUUUCAGAAUUUGGAGUACAAAUCAAGAGAUUUUACUGACCCGUAUGCCCAAUUAACAAAGUGUUACAACACUGGAAAUUAUUCGACAUUUUUUCAGUUAUGGGACGACUUAUUCUCUGACAGCACUAAACAGUCUGAAGAAUAUAAGAAAUUAACAUUCUAUUUACACGUGUACUUUGCCAUACUACCUGUUUGUAAAUUGUACGCAUGUGAAUAUAAAGAACAUGAGCCAAAAGGAGCAGGGGUGAGCGUGCUGAGACUAUCUUCAGCAGAUCUCGAUUCGGAAAACCAUAAAAAGAACAAUGGAAAUGAAAUCGAAAAAAAUAUAAAUAACAGCAUGAAACAGCUGCAAGAUUACUUGAGCGGAGACGGCAAGGAGUUCGAACAUGACAUGGAAUUGCAACAGUUUUAUGCGCUACCGCUCACACAGAACCUUCAUGCAAAUGCUCUUUUCUCAAAAGUAUUAGAGCCGCGUUGGGUGAACGAGCUAUCCAGAAAUGUCGAUUCAUUUAUCGCCGACCACAGACAAGACUCGGCUGAUUUAAACACCGUGAGCUAUGAUAAUGACCUGCAAUCAAAGAAUCCGCCACAAGUUCACACGAAGGUGAAGGGCGAAGAGUCUGUGCAAAAUAAAACUACAAAGAAAAACACCCCGAUUGUGGCAAACGACAGAGACAUGCCUGUAUUUUUAGACGACAACGAGAACGGCUUUGGCCGCGAAAUCGAUCGUAGCUUAAAAUCGCGAGGCACCCAAACGCAUAUCACCGGGGACCAAAUUACGUUGAGUAAUUCGCGAGAAUAUAAAUCCGAUUUGGGAGAAAGCGCCGACAGUGUGCCACGAGCGUAUAAACAAGACGGAGGAUUGACCCGACACAAUCAGGAAUUAGCGACGCCCAAGAACUAUUUAUACGACAUUUACGCGAACUACGAAAAGCUAAAGCUAAAAUUUCACAAGCUGCAUGGGGACUAUAACAAGCUGAUCAACAUCGCCGGGCAAUUGACGAUCGCGCUGGAGAAUUCGGUGAAGGGCCAAGCUGUCGACCUACAGCAAACGCUCGACAUCUGCACGAACAUAUAUCCGGAUUUAUUUAAUCAGAAUAUGCGAGACGUUUCCACAUCCCUGCUACAACACGGACUCAGCGAUCACCCAUGCAACACCGACAAGGCGACGUCUAAAUUUGACAUCAUAGCCGUAACGGCGCCUACCAGAAUAUUGGACUUCAAGAAAAUCAAGUUGCACCUACUCAACGGUGAUGUGAAGACGAGGUUGUUGCUGUUACAAGCGUUGCGUUGGAAAAUAACACUCGCACAGCCGGCAGACCGGAACAAAGUUCUGCACGAGUACAUGAGCCACGACCUGCUGGAGUUUCAUGGGCAGAUCGCUAGCGACAACAACAAGCCGCUUCUAUCGUGUUUGCUGACUGCGGGAGAAGCUUAUGCCAGACAUCUGUUGCAACAAUUCAUCGCGCGAUUACUGAACACUCUGGCGUCCUUUAGAUACGGGAGGGAUUACCUGUCGGUCGGCUCGACGGUCGUGAACGCGACUUUCGCCUGUCUCGACAGUAAUCACGCCGACGGAGUGGAUUCUUUCGCGUGCGACAUGUUGGUGGCGAUGUUACAGAAGCUGUCUCUGCGCAGGCAGCAACGGAUAUACAUGAUAGAAAGCGGACUGCUGGAAUGGCUGAUCAGCCAUCUGCACGACGACUGUCGCGUCAUGAGCUUGUACAGGCUCGAGUACGCCGCCGCGCUCUUGAUGAACCUGUCGUUGCAUCGCUUGGCUCACGCUAGAGCAGCGAAGAUUUCGUCCUUGCUCAUGUCCACUCUGCUCAUGCUGCUCUCGAUAGAUCACGCGCCUUCGCUACAGUAUGUUAACGGAACGUUGAGCAAUUUCCUGAGCAAUCCUGUGAUCAGUGAGGAGGUGCGGAAAACGAGGCGCUCGAACAUGCCGGACUUUAUCAGCGGCAAUUUGAAGAGCGCAGAGAUAAGGAAGCGCCUAGACAACAUACUGAAGAUGCAGAGAUGCGAGAAUGUUAACACACCACGAAACGAGGAGGCCGACGACAACGAAGAUCGGGACAUACUGGAAAGCGAGUUGGACGAGAAUGAUCCGCUGAAGAAUUACAUCGGCGAGUUGAACGGAGAGACGUUGCUUGAGAUGUGUUACACCGUUUCCUCGAAGUCUCCCGAGGAUGUUGUGACCAUCGAUUCGACGCUGCAAAAAAUAUCUACGUUGAAUUCUGUUGAUUUUUACUAUGACCAACAGAACGAUCGUUUACAUCCUGGCCGCCCGUCAUACCCUAUGUUGAGGAACAGCGAAACUCUAGUGAUAUCUUCCGUGGCCGUUGCAUCCGGUCGCGAAAAUGGCCAAAUAACAGAAAUGGAGGAAUUCAGCAGCAUAGCGUCACUGAAUACCAACAAGUACGAUAGUAACGUAAUUAACGAUUCUUUGUGGAAAAAUGACUUGGAACUCGCCGAGGAAGAAGAGGCAUUCGUGGCCAAGCCCAAGAUAUCAAGGACACCUCCGUGAGCGUCGGAGAUUCUAAAUAGCGCUAACGAAACGUUAGUUUCUCUAGACAAAAAUCGCAGGACCAUAGCAAGCAUGAUAUUUAUUAUACGCGGGCGAAGAACGCGCAAGUGCAGGUCAAAAGUGCUCUUACGAGUGACAGCAUAUCACACGAUAUUCCCACAACUGUAAAUAAUAAAAAUAUUCUAAACUAAACGCCACCGCGAGUGAAAACCACUCAAACAUUCUAAAGGAGAGAGCCGAUGAAAAACGCCAACUUCGACAGGUCACAAGGGAUCGAGCGGCACUUUUAUUCUAAGCAACACGAGCCCUCCACUUACAAAAUAAA